GACCUGCUGCUCGGAGGAAGUUGUGGUGGGGACUUUGAAUUCUUCCAGUGAAUCUCCGAGGGGCUGUACUGUGAUGAGAGAGAAACCCGCCACGAGGACCCUGGGUUGCAGGACCUGCGACCCUGAGGAGUUGUUGGUAGAUCCGGGUUGUCGUCCCCCGGUCCGUGACACAAGUGGCGGGCGGAGCCGAGCCGGGCUGGGAGGGAAAGUCGCGGCGGCCGUGUGUGUGACUGCUCGGACGCGCGUUUGCAGUGUGACUGCGGCCAGGAAGGCGCACCUUGGAGCAAAGCCUUUGCUCAGUUGGUCCUGUCACAUCUAGUGGCGUCCUCCUGGCCAGGCCGCGACAGUGGCACAUUGCGGAUCGUUGCCUUGCGGGUGCGUGGAGGCGCCUCCUUGGAACUGUCCCCGGCACAGUGUCCCCAAUUCCAGGGCUGGUGAGUUGAGAACAAAGAUGGUAUUCCAAGAGUUGGUGUCGUUUGAGGAUGUGUCUUUGGACUUUACCUGGGAGGAGUGGCGGGACCUGGACAAUGCUCAGAGGACCCUGUACAGGGAGGUGAUGCUGGAGACCUACAGCAGCCUGGUGUCCCUGGGGCAAUGCAUCACCAAACCUGAGCUGAUCUUCAAGCUGGGGCAAGGAGCAGAGCCAUGGAUGGGCAAAGAACCUCCAAACCUAAGCCCACCAGAUGUCCAGAGAGUGGAUGUCAUAAUUGAAACCAGUGAGGAAAGUCAAGACAGACAUUUGUGGCAAGCUGAAAUCACUAUGAACAACACACCAACUAAGGGGAGGGUUAUGUUAGGACAUGCCUUUCAUUUGAGUUCACACCAUAUUUCAAAUUUGAUUGUAAAGAAUGCAGGUUCUUUAGCAGUGACGCCUGAGGAGUUGAAUUUAUGUGAGAACACGCAUCUCAUUACUUGGACCGAGGGGAUGCAUGCAGAUAAGAAACCCUAUCAGUGUAAACAGUACAGAAAGUUCUUUAUCCGGAAAUCACACCUCACCAAGCAUGAGAUAACUCACACUGGGGAAAAGCCCUAUCAAUGUAAUCAGUGUGGAAAAUCCUUUGUCUGGAAGUCAAGACUCACCCAGCAUGAGAUGAUUCACACUGGGGAGAAGCCCUAUCAGUGUAUUAGGUGUGGAAAAUCCUUUCGUCAGAAGUCAACCCUCGCUAUACAUGAGAUAAUGCACACCGGGGAGAAGCCCUAUCAGUGUAGUAAAUGUGGAAAAUCCUUUGGCUUGAAGUCACAUCUCACCCAGCAUGAAAGAAUUCACACUGGGGAGAAGCCCUAUCCAUGUAAUCAGUGUGGAAAAACCUUUGGUCAGAACUCACAACUCACCAAGCACAAGAGAAUUCACACUGGGGAGAAGCCCUAUCAGUGUAAUCAAUGUGGAAAGUCCUUUGGCUUAAAGUCAUACCUCAGCAUGCAUGAGAGAAUUCACACUGGGGAGAAGCCCUAUCAGUGUAAUCAAUGUGGAAAAGCCUUUGGCUGGAAGUCAUACCUCAGCAUGCAUGAGAAAAUUCACACUGGGGAGAAGCCCUAUCAGUGUAAUCAAUGUGGAAAAUCCUAUGGCCGUAAGUCACACCUCACCCAGCACAAGAGCAGUCACUCUGGGGAGAAGCCAUAUCAGUGUAAUCAAUGUGGAAAAUCCUUUGGUUGGAAGUCACAACUCACCAAGCAUGAAAGAAUUCACACAGGGGACAAGCCUUAUCAUUGUAAUCAAUGUGGAAAAUCCUUUGGCUUGAAGUCACACCUCACCCAACAUGAAAGAAUUCACACUGGGGAGAAGCCCUGUCAAUGUAAGCAAUGUGCAAAAUCCUGUAGCUUGAAGUCACACCUCAGCCAUCAUGAGAGCAUUCACAUUGGGGAGAAGUCCUAUCAAUGUAGUCAGUGUGGAAAAACAUUUGGCUUUAAGUCAUGCCUCACCCAUCAUGAGAGCGUUCACACUGGCAAGAAGCCCUAUAAGUGUAGUCAGUGUGGUAAAACCUUUGCACGGAAGUCAUAUCUCAUUAUUCAUGGGAUAUUUCACACUGGGGAGAAGCCUUAUGAGUGUACUCAUUGUGGAAAAUCUUUUAGCCAGAAGGCAGGGCUCACUAUACAUGAGAGGAGUCACACUGGGAAAAACUGCUAUCAUUGUAGUCAGUGUGGAAAAACCUUUAGCUGGAAGUCACACCUCACCCAGCAUGAGAAAAUGCACUCUGGGAUAAGCCCCAUCAAUGUAAUCAUUGUGGAAAAACUUUUAUCUGGAAGUCAUUUCUCAGGAUGCAUGUGAGAAUUCACACCGGGGAGAAGCCUUAUAAGUGCAACCAGUGUCAUAAAACCUUUGUCUCAAAGUCUCAACUCACUAGGCAUAAGAUGAUUCACACUGGGAAGAAGCCCUGUAUGUCAGUG